UGCCCGAGCUAGAUGACAAUCUGCAAUAAAUAAAAAAUUGUGUAUUAUCUGAGCUUGAUGGAGACGGGAAUAAAAAUAUUGGGCAAAAAAUGAGCAUAAUAAAUAGAAAUAACAAAUGUCGAACAUGUUUGAAAUCCGGCACCAAAUUGCAGUCCAUUAGCACAAAGCCGAAAAUGAUGAAAGUUGAUAAAACCUACAUGGAAUUAAUAAAUCACAUAGCACAAGUUGAGUUUGAUACCGACGAUGAACAUAAAAUGCCGCAAGGAAUUUGUUCCAUAUGCAGCAAGAAGAUACGUGACUCGUAUACAUUUAUCAAGCAAGUGCGAAAAUGCAAUACAAUAUUCUUAAAGAGCACAAUAAAUAUACCAGAUGACAAUCCUUUGGAUAAAUUGGAAGAAAGCUUUGCAACGGAAAAUGUAUUGCUGGACGAGUGCGAUGACAAAAGUAUUAAGGAAGAGGUUAAUCCCUUUGAUGACGAGGAAAUGAAUGCUCCCAAAAAGGAGGAGGUGGAUUCAGAUUCAAGUAGCUCCUUUUCGAAUGACAAUUUUGAGCCUAUGCCACCAGAUGGCCAUGAUGAUGGUGAUGAUACCGAUACACAGGAGGAAUUUAUUAAGAUUAGCGAUACAACUACAAAGGUAAAUGUUGUCACGGCUGCCCCUGGACCGCUGCCUUCCUCCACAGUGCCGGAUGAUGAUGUGGCCAUCAAGACGGAGGAAAGUGAACAAAAGGAUGAGCAAGCCGCAGAAUUAUUUCCAGAAUGUGUAUUAAGUGAAAAAGUAUUCUCCGAUGAUGAUUCUCUUAGUGAUUUGGACUCUGUUAAGGCUGAAGAUGAUCCAACAUAUGAUCCUUUGGAGAGUAAGACAAGAAAACGAGCCCCUCGAAGCGAAACCCUCGAUGAGGAUAAAAACUUACCGGUACCAUGUGAAGACUGCGAUCGAGUUUUCCAAAAUGCUAAUCUCUUGAAAAGACACAAGAAAGACACACAUUUACCGGAUGAAUUAAAGGUGCAAUGUCCUCAUUGUCCGGCCAAGUUUAGUAGACGUCACAACAUGUACACACACAUGAGAACGUUGCAUAAAAUCGAACCCGUAAUAGAACAAAAAGCCAAUCCGAAAAAGGAAAGGAACAGCGUUAAAUGUGAGCACUGUCAAAAGAGUUAUUGCAAUAAGUAUAAACUUAUGGAUCAUAUCAAACGUAAACAUGGACCGGAUAGUAAUCAACCGAAAAAAGAGAAAAUAAAACAACCAGCUAAACGUUUCCUAUGUGCCCUGUGUGGUUUCACGUGUAACAGUCAGCCCAAUUUGGAUGUCCACUAUCGUAGGCAUACCGGUGAGCGGCCAUUUAAAUGUGAUCAUUGUGAUCGUCGUUUUUAUCGCAUGUACGAUGUGCAAAUGCAUAAUUUGAGUCACACGGGUGAGAGACCCUUUAAAUGUACCGUGUGUGAGAAGGCAUUCCGGAGAUCGGGUAAACUGAAAAUUCACAUGAGAACCCAUACCAACGAAAGACCCUACAAGUGUACAGAAUGUGAGAAGGCAUUUAAACAAUCGAAAGAUUUGACGGUGCAUAGACGUAUUCACACCGGUGAAAGGCCUUAUAAAUGUAAUGUAUGUGAGAGUACAUUUAUCCAGAGUAAUUCAUUGCGAUUACAUCAAACAAAGACUAAACAUUCAAACGAUCCGGUAAAUCCAAUAAAUAAUAACAAUUCGGCGCCAGCAACGACAAAUACUCUAAUGAAUAAUGCCAUGAACAACAAUAGCGUUAGCAGUAGUUUGUUAAAUAACACAAGUUCAACAAAUACUGGAAAUUUGUCACAUAACACAAAUAAUAAUCCUGCACCUCCUCCACCCAUGCCCAAUACCUCGGCCAUUAUUCAUCCCAAUAUUCCUACAACAAAUAAUGCAAUAAACAACACCGGCAACAUUACCCACAACACCAAUAGUAAUUCUGGAGACACAAAAUAUCCCGAAAUGCUUAUGAAUAAAAUGUUGUAAAAUUUUGUCUAACAAACAUACACACACAGACGACAUACACAUUAACAUCGACAUUUUAUUUUAUUUAAUAAGAUUUUUAAUUUUUAUUUUUAAUGUUUUUAAACUUUUUUAUUUAAUUUGCUAAAAAAUCUUUUGGCAUUAGCAAUGCAAUUUUUAUUUAGGCUCAUAGUAUAUGUAAAAUGUCAUCCCAUCAUUUUUAAUCUAAUUUUUAAUGACGGCAAAUCAUUUACUUUUAAAUUAAGAUCGAACACAAAAACAAAAAAUUGUAUUAUUAGUUCGAAAUAUGAAAAAUGCAACUCAUCAUAAUAUACACUCCAAUAUUUAAUAAAAAUUCCUUUUUUUAAAUGCCACUUUUUACAAGUACUGGAUGCUAAGUAAACAUUUUGAAAAGUGGAAAAAAAGUAUAGAUGUAGAUUUUUAAGGUAAAAUAAAAUACAAUAUAAAGUUUAAACAACAA